AUGGCGCACACCAGUGAUGGUGGGCUGUUGGAGUUUGAGACGGCAAUGCUGGAUUUUGAGGCAAUGUUCCCAAAUCUACCCCGAGAACGUAUCGAAAGCGCUCUCAGAAAUAAUGACGGUGAUGUGGCUAAUACUAUAGAUCAACUCUUGGCUGAAAUGCAUACCGAGACAACCAUCCAUACACCUCCGAUGAAGCCCAAACAAAUCACCCCAGAACGACGAACCCAAUCGCACGACCUAGCUGAAACCUACGCGCAAGCACAUCAUCUAAACGACUCGAUCUUGCGGGCUUCCGCUGCAGCAAACCGACCUGGAACAUCUGGAAGGUCACGGUCAAAUCGUGGACGACUGAGUGUUGAUGAAAUUUGUCGCGAAACCGCCAUCAUUCGACAUUGGAUGAAUGAAAAUGAAGAAAAACUAGAUCGGGUCAGUGAUGAAAAGGAAGCCAGGGUGCUUGAAGACGAACAAAUCGCUCUAAUGCUUCAAAAUCAAGAGUUUAUUGGCUAUUUGAAGCGAGACCCAGAAUUUGUGAAAGGAGUAUUGGGGAACAGUCGAGCACCUGGUGGCUACCAUUCACAUAUCAGAAAAACCAGUCGAAAUAAUUACCAUGAGGAACCGCCAGCUCCGAUUGUACCGAAUGGACCGUUUGUUGAUGGCCCCCUAACCUGCCAAAAAUCCGGUUUUGCACAAAAAUUGAAGAAUAAAAUCCAAACCGUCGCCAAAGGGACACCACCACCAAUGUACACGGCGAGCCCUGCAACAAGCUCGGAGACCUACGAACAAUCUGUAGGGUACGAUCCAUUCCCAUAUACGGUAACACUUGGCUACAAUACCCAAAAUGACAACGAAUUCAAGUCACGGCUGAAGAAUAUGAGCAAAACUUCAAAAGCUCGACUGACUCAACUUGCUUCAAUCUUCAAAAAAGAAAGAAAUCCCUCAAUGGAUGGACCUCAAUUGGGACAUACAAUUGGACACGAUCCAAGAUCUCGCUCUUCUUUGGAUUCUCCACCACUCGCUCCCCCACCCUACGAUCAAAGAGACUAUUACUAC